UUGAGCUCCCAAGAGGGUCUGGCCACCCGACCACCAUGACGCAGUGCAGCCUGGAGGCACCCUACGCUGAGGACUUUAUGAGAGGGUUGAGCCCCGUGACGCUGGGCUUCUUUGCCCUCUUCCUGCUUUUGUCCCUGUCCACCUGUGGGCUCUUCAUGGAGCUCUGGGUCUAUCUGAGCAGAAACAUCAGCUGCACCCUCAUCAAAGACCGCUGUCUCAUAAUCCUCGGCCUCUUCCCGGUUAUCACCAUUGCGGCACAGCUGGGCAUGACUGUUCCCCGGGCCGCCGCCCUGGUAGACCUCAUAACCUCAGUGUACACUGGGGCAGCCCUUUUUGCUUUCUUCCACCUGACCGUAGCCUACCUGGGAGGCGAGGAGGAGAUGCUGGACAGGAUACAGACUGUGGACUCAGAUCUGAGUGUCGGGCCCUGCUGCUGCUGCUUCCUCUGUCUGCCAAGAAUCAGGAUUAACCGGAGAAUCUACACUGUCUUCCGUAUUGGUAUCUCUCAGACCAUAUUUCUGCUACCCAUAAUGAACUUCAUCAUUGCAGUUUUGUGGACGGAUGGAAAAUAUUUCAAAGAAAAGGGGGAUACCCGCAGCCCUGUCUUUUACCUGGGGAUCGUGAUGAUGAUCUCUACCCUCCUGUCUCUCUUUGUCUUCAACAUCAUGAUAAAAACGGGACUAAAGAUUGCAGAGCAGAGAUACAGGCUGCUGCCCAAAUACAGCAUUGUUAUGAUUGCUGUGGUGAUUAACAGCCUGCAGCCGCUGCUGAUAGAAGUGCUGACAGCCUACAAUGUAAUUCCCAGUACAGAGGAGUUUCACUGGCAUGGCAGAGCCUCAGAGUUCAAUCAUAUGCUGAAGGUGGUUGAAGCCUUCAUUCUCAUGCUGCUAUCCAGAAGGUUCUAUCGUAAACCCUACCCGCCUUCAGAAACGGAGGCCCUGUCCUUCGUCAACACUGUGCGCUGCACCCCAUGAUCAGUACACCAACCAAGAAGAGGAGGGAGGCUGUAGUAAACACAGGAGACAAACAAACAGCAACACCCUAGAUGAAGUCAAAUUGGAACAUGAUGAAGUAAAGAGUUUUUCAUGUUUUAUGUGUAUUGAACUCCUGCUGUGUGGAUAAUGUAAAAUUAUUAGGACUGUGAAUAUUAUUUUUUCUAGAAUGUUUAAAUACAAUCUGCUCUCACCAACAAUAUUAAAUGCUUGUUGAGGUGUUUUUCUUCAGCGGAUUAUACUUUGCGUACUUACAAAUAAACAGA